CAAGAUCCUCCCCCCCCUCCCGACUUUUUGCUCGCACAUCUGCUUCCUUCAGGCGCGCGCGUUGGCUUUUCGCCGGUCCCGGUUCCGAACAAUGUGGCUGCUGCUGCUGUUCAGUCUGCUUUCCUGUGCGUCCUCCUACGACGUGGACGUCAACAAGAUGGCCGGAUUGGCCCGAGCAAGGGUGGAGACAUGUGGUGGAUGACAGUUGAAUAGACUUAGAGAGGUCAAAGCCUUUGUGGUCCAGGACAUUCCUCUUUACCAUAACCUGGUGAUGAAGCACAUUCCUGGGGCCGACCCUGAGCUUGUCCUCCUGAACCAUUACUAUGAGGAGCUGGAUCGGAUCGCCUUGUCUGACAUGACUCGCUCGGAAAUCAACGAGCUUCUGGGCAAACUGGGCUUCUACAAGAAGGCUCAAGCUGAGGAGCAAGUGCCAGAAGAGUUCCGUUUCUCCCCCGCCAAAGACAGCCCGUUUGAAAGUGAACCAGCCUACAAGACUGCCUCUGUGGUCACUCACAACACCUCCACCCCCGAGCCCGAACCAAAGCACUCUGACCUCUAACAAUGCCACAAUGUGAGACUGCUGCUAGACAAGGCCAGCAGAUCCUGGAAUAAAGGGACAAACUCUUUGCUUCACUAAAUGUUUUUUUUUUUUGAGUUGGUUAAUGGCAUAUUGUUUUUCAUUCUCCGUCACGUGUCGGCAGUCUUGAGGUCGACUCGCUCGUGUCCAAUUGUGUCCGCGUCCGACCCGCUGAGCUACCGAAUGAAGCCGCAGGCUAAAAAUCUGCCGAUUGGCCUGAGGCUGAUGCUAAAUGUACUGGUGGGCGGGCUGCUGAACACAUUAAGAUGCAAGUGUCACCGCUGUAAAAGAAUAAAAUGUUUCAAACAAAUGCAUUGUUUUUACUUCGAGAGAAAAGUAGAUUCAAACUGUUGAAACAUUAGCCCGCCAUUGUAGGAGACGUCAUCAAGGACAAAAUUAAGGAUUACCUUUCACACAGUGAAAAAUUAUUUGCUCCUACACACCACCAUGAAAAAUAUGUUUUGUCUUCUGAAAUCUUUUGGGACACAGUCACUGGCUGGCUAGUUUCAACCCAGGAAAGGAUUUACCGUAAUUUCUCGUGCAUAAUGCACAUUCCCCCCC